AUGGACGCCUCGGAGAAUGAGAUUGACGUGUAUUUGCACAAACAUUCCAAGGUCCUGCUGGAAGAGUUGGAUCAGAGCCUGGUGACUUGUCUGCGGAAACCGGAUGGGCGAGGGGGAACUCGUAUCCGGCCGUGGGUGCGCAUCAGGGAGACUCUGAAGGCCACCUGUGUUGUCUUGGAUCAGUUCCAGGAACUGCCGCAGCUGCUGGAUCCGCAUCUGCCCAAGUGGAUUCCCUACCUGGCAGAGUCUUAUCUGGAGUAUCUGCAGACGCGGCAUCGCCAGAAGCGCAUCCCCGAGCACACAAAGAACCUGCUCGCUCCGCUGGACUACACCAUCUCCCAGAUCCUCUAUUCGUUCUGUAAAGUGCGCGGCGAAAAGGUCAUUGUGCGCUUUCUCAACGUCGAGACAAAGUACCUGGAGCUGAUCCUCUCGGCGGUUGAGGAGGCCGAGGCAGCGGCUGACAAUGUAAAGGAGAAGAAUGUCGGAGAGCCGUCUUCUUUUUCUGCUGUUGCGUCUUCCUACAAGAUAUGGUCGUGGGAGCAGCGGUACAUUGCGCUGCUUUGGCUUUCUCACCUCUUGUUUGCGCCGUUUGACUUAUCGACCAUUUCCUCCGCUGACUUGGAUGAAGGCGGCGUACCGCCCAUUGCUGGGCUUAGCUGGCCUGCAAAUGUGCCGGGCCUUACGAUGAGAGUCAUCCCGCUGGCUAUCAAGUACAUUGCUUGCGCAGGUAAAGAACGAGAUGCUGCCAAGGCUCUCUUGGUGAGGCUGGCGAUGCGGCGGGAUAUGCAGCAGCUCGGUAUUCUCGAGAGCCUCGUGCAGUGGUCAUUGAAGUCGUUACGGCCACAGAAGGAUAAUGAGGCGGACAACCCUUACUUUUACAUCGGUGUACUUUCUUUCCUGGCUGGCAUACUGCGCUCUUCGUCUGAAACGUCUUACAUGGACAAAUACCUAUCUACCAUCUUUGAAUCCAUGCUUGAACUUUCGGCAGGUGGGGAUGAAAUUUCAAAAGUCAUCAUGUCUCAAGCAUCAGCGCGAAAGAUGAUGCUCAAAGUCGUCCGCUCGCUUGUUGUGUCGCUACUGCGCAAUGCCCGGCGGGAUAUGAAGACUACCGUCUUGGUAGAGAAUGCUAUUGGAUAUUUCCUAGAGAGCCUCUCUGACAACGAUACCCCGGUUCGCCUGUCUGCCAGCAAGUCACUCAGCAUCAUUACGCUCAAGCUGGAUCCAGAUAUGGCAUCCCAAGUUGUUGAAGCCGUGCUGGAAUCCUUGAAUCGCAAUGUGCUCUGGAACAAAACGUCAAGCAAGCCAGGGGCCAACCGGGUUCGCGAUUUGUCUGCUGUAAACCCUCUGGAGUGGCACGGGCUGAUGAUGACUUUGUCUCAUCUGCUCUAUCGAAGAUCGCCGCCGGCCAGCCAGCUCUCCGACAUCUUCCACUCUCUUCUCUUGGGAUUGACAUUUGAGCAGCGCGGCAUUUCCGGAGCAAGCGUGGGGGCCAACGUUCGCGAUGCGGCUUGUUUUGGCAUCUGGGCAUUGGCUCGUCGAUAUACGACUUCUGAGCUCCUUGCUGUGCCUACCAAGUCUGUCUACGCAGCCAAGGCUCACCCUCCAUCGAGCUCUGUUCUGCAAGUUCUGGGAACAGAGCUGGUGACAACUGCAUCUUUGGACCCAGAGGGAAACAUCAGACGUGGUGCUUCUGCCGCGUUGCAAGAACUUAUUGGUCGGCAUCCAGAUACCGUUGAGCACGGUAUUGGUGUCGUCCAGUGUGUGGAUUACCAUGCCGUAGCCCGGCGAUCGCGCGCUGUUCAAGAAGUUGCGCUUGGUGCCACGAGGCUGUCGGGCCAGUAUGGUGAAGCUGUUGUUGAUGGCAUCUUGGGCUGGCGAGGAAUCGGCGACAUGGACACGGCUUCGAGACGAGCUGCCGGCGCUGCAUUUGGUACGCUGAUGGUGGAGUUGUCCAAUGUAGCCUCCGAAAAGCCAUUUUCGCGCUUCGAAGAAUCGAUUGACUCGGUGAUGGAUCGCUUGAGCAGCUUGCAGAAAAGACAAGUGGAAGAGCGACACGGUUUGCUGGCAUGCUUUGCCGGCGUGCUGGAUGGCUUCCCUGAGCUUGCACGCAAGGCUGCACCAAGGUCUCUGGAUCAAGCUUCUGUCCGCAAGGUAUUAGGUCAUGUGUCUACGAUCCUUGAAGACUGCGGCACUACCGAGUAUCGUAAGCCAGAGCUUGUUGUUGAAGCAGCAAGCCGUUUGGCUGUAUCCUCUCUACCCAUCAUACAGCUCACGUCAGUCAACAAUUUGUUUUCCGAGCGCCUGGAAAAAGGAGUCGAUAUCCUAUCGGUGGACAAACUUGACGGAUUGCCAGAAAUUGUCGCUGGCUUCAGCUCAGCACAACAAGUUCCCGAGGUUGAAACGCUGACUUCCCGGCUGCGAGCCGUCAUUCCCAAAUGGCUUAGCAGAAACGAGCAAGAAACCGUUGAGCAUGCUUCCGCAGCUGGCCUGAUGCUUCUAUUACUCUCUGCUCCUCAACAGCGUGCUGAGACGUUGGAGCAAUGGGCCAAGUUGAUCGCAGCCAAGCCCGGAAGCCGUGCAAUAGCAACUGGCAAUGGAUACUAUCACGUUAUGGCCCUGGCACAGCCCCUUGCUCACAGCUCGCAGGACGAUAUGAGCGGAAACGACAUUGUUUGUGCUGCGUUUCUCGAACGAUGGAGCGUUGAUAGCGAGAUUGAAACCAGAGUCUCUAUUCUACACAGUCUUUUAAGCAGUCGGAUUCUGAGCGACAAGCCAGCGGUCUUCUUGGAUCUUCUUGCGGAUGGGCUAAACGAUUACACAACGACGGCUCGAGGCGACGAAGGCUCCUUGGUGCGAUUCCAGACUCUCAAGGCCAUUGCAGUUUUAUGGGGGGGGAUUGGACGUCCUGCGGCUCAGGGAGACUGGGUGGCGGCAUCUGUUCGGAAGCUCAUUCACAAUAUUUUGCGGCUCUCUGCAGAGAAGCUUGAUCGAGUGCGCCGUGUGGCUAAGGAUGUUAUUGCGCUGCUCAUGAAUGAAGGUAAAAUUGAUGGACUCAAAGACUCGAUUCAAACAUCUAGCAAAACGUAUCUCACCGAUCACUUAAGUUUCUCAUCAAAAGCCUACUUUUCACUCCUCCUGGACCUCAUCAACAAGGAUUCCCUCCACAAGCACAUCAUGGACAUUGUAAAAGACGACACAAACGCUUGGAUGGCCGGCCUCAUGGCUGGCUUCGUCUCGUCCGCAGACACCGGCAACGAAGAUCUCAUCAUUGAAAGCCGCGCUGCCCUCACAGACUACUGCGAGCAAUCGCCCCAGAAGCUGCAGCUCGUGUGCUCCGCGCUGCUGCAUAACCUCAAGACGUGCCAGGGCGAGGACCGUAUCAUCGUGCCGACUUUGGAGAUUAUUGCGUUUCUCUUCCACGUGGGCCUAUUUCAGCGCUGCGAGGGGGUUAAUUACAAGAGUUUGUGUUUGCAGACGCAAAAGGCGGGAUACAAGACUGGAAAUGUCCGCAAGGUCGCUGCCUGUAUCAAGGUCUAUGGUGGAAUUGCUGCUGCUGGGCCCGAGAGCGCUGGAGAUAAUGUUGAAGCUGGAGUAAAGGAUGCUCGUAAGAGGCUGGGCGCGCUCAUGGCUCAUCCGUGGCCGCGGAUUCGCAGUGCUGUGGUGGAUGAGAUUUGGGGGCUUGUGGACAGUGGCGAGCUGGCUGCGGAUGGGGAUGAUGGGCAUGAAGAUGGGCAUAGUUUGAUGGGAGUCGAUUGGACGAGUGCGGAUAAGAGUCGGGUUAAGGUGUUGGUGACGGAGUUGAAGUUGGAGUAG